AUGCAUGAACUGUUACUCUUCGCCUCGGUUCCCGCUCAUCAACAUCAUGAGCUGCUCCAACAGCUGGCCGGGUUGACGGCCAUGCAACCGCGUCACCGCUUAGAACGGCGUUUGGUCUUCAAGGCCUUUCGAAAGCCGGGACUGGUCAAUACCCAUGUCGGAGCCACUCAGGACGUACAAGGCCCCGAUAUGCAGCGUCUGAAUAAAAUGCUGAACGGAGGCAUGUUCUAUACUCAGGUGAUCGGACCUGUUUCCGAGGCGGACUUGGGUGCUAACCCUCCACCAACCUCGCUCGGAGAUACUGACGCGUCCAUGGCCGGCACGGACGAGGACGGUGGACAUCGUUACAGCUACGACCAUCAGACCUGGAGGCUAGAGUUUAGAGAUAUCCCCGAGGCCGGGACUCGUUCGGCCGUCACCACCCGACUGACGGCCAGUGCCGGUCUGCCCAAAGGUGAUAUCGUAACCCCCAUGAAUGCCUGGGGCUAUAGUUAUGUCACCGAAUAUAUGGUGGAGGGCGAUAUCUUCAUUCUGAACGACAUCGUCAUCUUUCUCCAUCGCGUCCUACAAUACCCCAGCGAGGGCCAAGAACCACAUGAACCUCGGCGCCAACUGCCUCCUCUCCAGCAGAUGACUUCCCUGGACAGAACCGGGAGCUACGUGCUGCAAGCAUCCAUUACAGUCCAGGAUGGCGGCAACCAAGAAAUGAUGAAGACUGCCUCGCAGCAUCUGUUUGGCCUUCGGGAACAGUUGAAGUCGGCUGUCCGGCUGGAACAGGCGGAUCGACUCUCUCUGGACACGCGAGCCAAAUAG